AUGCUCGUCGGAAUAUGUGGCAGCAUCUGCUCGGGUAAGAAGACUGUGGCCCAGUAUCUGGUUGAGCAUCACGGCUUCAAGCAUCUCUAUCUGCAAUCCUCUGCGUCAGUCUCAGACCAGGACGCCACGGGAGAGACAUCACCAUCCCCUGACAGCGGCAAUGCGGCCUUUGCUGGGGUAACCACCACUAAUGGGACCAGCCCAUCCUCUCAUGUCUUUACCACGGCUGAAGACCUGUUGGAUUUUGUGACUCGGCGAUGGCGCAGCCGCUUUGUGACAACUGAUAUCCCCACAGAGAAGGUGCUUGACGUCUUCAUCCGUCGGCCAUUCUUCCUGCUCAUCUCCAUUGACGCUCCGCUCACCGUGCGUUGGCGUCGUUUCCAGCAGCGCUCCAAGCAGCCAGAGCAAUCUGUCAUUAGUCUUGAGGAGUUUGUCACCCAGAAUGACCUGCAUCUAUACGACCCUCACACUGGCCUACAGCCGCUCAUUUCGCGAGCCACCGUCCGGCUGCUCAAUACCUCAUCCUCGCUGGCCCAUCUCUAUGCGACCCUGGGGAAACUCGACAUCCCCAACCCGGACCGCAUGAGGCCAGGCUGGGAUACCUACUUUAUGGCACUGGCAUCUCUCGCGGCACAGCGGUCGAAUUGCAUGAAACGACGCGUUGGCUGUGUGCUGGUUGGGCGAGAACGGCGAGUCAUCAGCACUGGGUACAACGGCACGCCCCGCGGCUUGCGAAACUGCGCAGAGGGCGGCUGUCCUCGAUGCAACGAGGGGAGCAGCUCUGGGGUCGGCCUGGCCACGUGUCUGUGCAUACAUGCCGAGGAGAAUGCGCUUCUGGAGGCCGGGAGGGAGCGUAUCCGGGAGGGAUCCGUGCUGUACUGUGAUACGUGUCCGUGCUUGACGUGUAGCAUCAAGAUCUGCCAGGUCGGCAUCGCGGAGGUGGUGUAUGCUCAUGGAUACAGCAUGGAUACUGAGACAGCAGAGGUGUUUAGACAGGCGGGCGUCAAGCUUCGUCAAUUCAUCCCGCCUCCGAAUGGUCUGAUUCAUUUAGAGAAGAUGGAGUUGUAUUGA